UACUGUCAUUCUCUGAUUGUGAUUGUGAUAUCUAUCGUGUCUGCUUUUCGUUGUUUUGAUUUGAGUUACUCUAGAAUUGAGGAUCCUUUAAAUUAUAUUAAACAUUGCUUUUUAGAUACUUUUUGACUGUUACUGUUAACAACAAUUAUUAAGUUUUUCAAAACCGUACGCUUUUGGUGUAUCGAAACGUUAGCUAGCAUUGGUUUGACAAUGGAAAUGGCUGACACAGAAGCAGGAUCGAGCUCAACAGAAAAUGUAGCUCCAGCUGGCGAGAUUGAGAAAACUGAAAAGCCUGAAGAUUUUUCAGAACCUGAAGCUAAAAAAAGAAAACUAUCUAAUCCUCAGGACAAUAAACCAGACAAACUAGAACUGAGGCUCGGUGGUAUUCUUUGCUGUGCUGUUUGUUUGGAUCUUCCCAGAGCUGCUAUAUACCAGUGCACCAAUGGUCACCUGAUGUGCGCCGGAUGUUUUACGCACGUCUUGGCAGAUGCGCGGCUCAGAGAUGAGAUGGCGACAUGUCCCAACUGUCGCAUCGAGAUCAGCAAAAGUUCUGCAUCACGUAACCUCGCUGUAGAGAAGGCUGUGAGUGAGCUUCCCUCUGAGUGUCAGUAUUGUAACAAAGAGUUCCCUCGAAACACACUGGAACGUCAUGAAGAUUCACUAUGUGAAGAAAGGAUCACCAGUUGUCCUUACAGCCGCAUCGGUUGUCCGUGGCGUGGGCCUUAUCAUGAGUCUCAUGAGCACACAGCUGCGUGCGCACACCCACACCGCUCAGGCGCUGAGGUCAUGGAGGCGCUGGCUGUCAUGGACCAAAGAAACGAGGAAGAGAAACGCCUGUACGAUUGUAUUUUUGACUUGUUGUCUUACGAGAAGAUAACAUUUAAUGAUUUGCAGAUGAAACCGUACAGGACCGACGAGUUUGUACAUAAAUUGUUUUACGAGACGAGUCGUUUCUCAGCAUUCAACAACCAAUGGGUGGUGAAAGCCCGAAUCAACAACAGCCAACGUGACCCAACUCUGAGCUCAGAGCGGGACAUGACCUAUCAGCUGAUUCUUAAGACGAAAACCACUCUGCCUUUGAGUGUUCAUUACCUCGUUUUGAGAGGCCCGUUCGGAGACAUGAAAGUGAGUCCGAAGAUCCACAAAUUUGACUUCACCGAUGUAGACAAUGAGAGCCCGUACGUUGCGUUGCCUUUGCUCGACACUGCCGAGUGUAACCGCAUUCUGGCGGCCAAGGCAAUCAACUUCAGGCUCAUCAUGUUUUUGAUUACAAAGUAAAGAAAGACAGAUGUUCCAGUUUUGACGAGGAAGUUCUUCACCUGAAGCCAAAUUAUGUUUUGUAAUUACUCGGCUGUUUUGCUCACCACCUUCGCUCACUCACGUAGUCUUUUCACUUAGUGAUUGCGUCGUAAAUUGUUUUGUUUAUCAUGGUUUGUAUAUUGAUUUAUUUUGGGAUUACAUUAAAUUAUUUAAAACCAUCUA